GUGGGUGGUGGCGCGUUCGGAGGGGGAAUGUUGGCAGGCGGCAUGUCGGGUGGGGUGCUGGAGGAUGUGCCGGAGGGAGAGGAGGCGGCGGAGGUGGCGACCCACGGGUCAGUGCGCGGGUCGGUGCGCUCCCUAGCUGGCGGCAGUACGGCGGCCGCUCCGGCUCCUGCGCGUCUGAGUGCGCUGCAGGUGCUGCUGCUGGUCAAGGUGUUUUGCGAGGAGCGGCUGAUGGGCGCGAUACAGCGCUACGUGGCCACCACGCAGGGCCCCCACUUCACCGACCCGCCGCCCGCCUCCCUCGCCGAGCUGCUCGCCGACUCCACCCCCGCCACCCCCAUCAUCUUCAUCCUCUCCCAGGGAGUCGACCCCAGCCCCGCCAUCACCCGCUUCGCAGCCUCCACCAGCAGCUACAUGCUGCAACAACAGCAGCAACAGCAAGGAGGAGGAGGACCCAUGGGUCACGGCAGCAUGUCCAUGGGCCAGGUGUCAUUCUCCGGUGUUGGAGGCGGGGGCGGUGGUGCUGGAGGCGGCGGCAGUGUUACAGCUCGAGUGGGCGGUCGGCGGCUUCACAUGAUCAGUCUGGGUCAGGGUCAGGGUCCCCGCGCUGAGGCUGCCCUGCAGGCGGCCAUCAAGAGCGGCGACUGGGUGUGUCUGCAGAACUGCCAUCUGGCCGCCAGCUGGAUGCCGCGGCUGGAGCGGCUGUGCGAGGACCUGCAGGCGAGGUACAGCCAGCAGCAGCAGUUCAGCCAGCGACUGGCGCUGCACCUGGGGAACGGCAGGGAACCACCUCCUCCUCCUCAGCAGCAGCAGCAACAGCAACAGCAAGGAGAGCAGCAGCAGCAGCAGCAGCAACGGCAGCAGACGCCGCCACCCGCCUCACCGCUUUCGCCAUCCCUGGGCGGCGGCAGCGGUGGCGGUACGGCAAGUGGCGGCGGCGGCCGCGACCUGAGCAGCAGCAGCGGCGCCAGUGCCGCCACCAGCAGCACUGGCGGCGGCGGAGCAGCACCAGCUGGUGGCGGUGGGGGCGGUGGUGGUGAUGCGCCUGUGUCGCCUCCCCCGCAGCCGCUGUACGACGUGCACCCCGGGUUCCGUCUGUGGCUGACGUCCAUGCCGAGUCGCUCCUUCCCCGUGCCGGUGCUGCAGAGCGGCGUCAAGACCACCAUGGAGCCUCCCAAGGGCAUCCGAGCCAACCUGCUCCGCAUCUACAACGACAUGAACUCAUCCCUGCUGGACCUCACACCGCCCGUCAUAUCCGUACCAGCGGCAACUGCGGCAGCAGCAGCAACUGGCGGUGGCGGUGGCGGCAGCGGCGCCAACAGCGGUAGCAUGGCUCGCGCUGCCUCCCUGCCCACCGCCACCGCCACCGGAGGCGGCUCCACCUCCGCCACCCUCACCGGCGGGGGCUCCGCCAGCAACACGGGCACUGGCGGCGGCCCGACCAGCACAGGCAGCGGGAGCCACUCCGCCCUCCGCGGCGGCGGCGGCGUUGGCGGCGGUAGGGACCCUUCACCGCCGGAUCUUCGCUCGCCCAAGGCAGGCCAUACCGGCGGCGCUCCCACACCCAGGACCCCCGCGACACCCAAGACUGGCGCCGCCAAUCCCGCCGCCGCUGCCUCGGGCGCUGGCGGCGUGCCGCGUGACAGCUACUGCGGCGGCGGGCUGUCUCCCGCCGUGGCGGCGGCGGUGGGUCCGCACUGGCGCAAGCUGCUGUUCAGCUGCGCCAUGUUCCAUGCAGUGCUGCAGGAGCGGCGGAGGUUCGGGCCGCGCGGCUGGAACGCGCGGUACGAGUUCAGCGACGGCGACAUGGCGGCGGCGGUCCGCACGCUUCAGAUGUUCCUGCUGGAGGGGCCGCUGGGGGGCGCCGCCGCCGCUGCUAAGACUGCAGCAGCAGCCGCCUUGGGCAUGGGCGGCGGAACGACAUCGACGUCAGCGGCGGCGGCGGCGGGCAUUCCCUGGGAGGCCCUACAGUACGUCACUGGGGAAAUUGUGUACGGCGGGAGAGUAACCGACGAUAACGACCGUCGGUUGCUGAGUUGCCUGUUGAGGCAAUUCUACCAGCCUAGCGUGCUGCAAGACGGACAUGUCUUCAUCCCCGGCCGCAAUCCAGGUGCCGCCUCCGCCGCCGCUGCCACCGGGCCCAACGGCGGUGGUGGCGGCGGCGGUGGCGCGGCGGCCUACCGCCAGCCCAUGGACGGCGACCUGUACUCCUACCUGUCGUUCUGCAAGUCCCUGCCGCAUUCCGACGCACCGGAGGUAUUCGGCCUGCACGCCAACGCCGACGUGAGGUUGCAGCUCCAGGAAACACGCAAGCUACUAGACACGGUGCUGUCCAUACAGCCGCGAGUCGUGUCCUCGUCCUCUGAAAGCGGCGGAGGCGGGGGUGGCGGCGGCGGUGGCGGCGGCGGUGGCGGUGGCGGAGGUGGUGGAACACCAUCGCUCAUGCUCUCCAAAGCAACCUCCGUGGGCACCCCCGGCGGAGGCCCCGGCGGCGAACCAAGCAGCGUCAGCGGCAGCAUGCGUCGCAUGGCCACCGGUGUCAACAGCGGCGCCGCCGCCCUCGCCAACGCUGCUGUAGCCACCAUGAAAUCCGCAUCCUUCAGCCGCGACCGAUUCAACCGCUUCCAUAACACCGUCGCCGCGUCCUCCGGCGGCGGCGCCUUCGCCUCCGGCCCCACCUACCGCCCCUUCACCUCCUCCUCCCGCGGCUCCAACCGCGCGCCGGCACCCUCCGGCGCCAUCAGCGGCGCCGGCGUCUGGCUGGAGCACUCCGCCGGGCAGGGCGAGGGUACGACAGAUGACGCCACCGCGGACCUGGCAGCGGAGAUCGCUGACAUGCUGCCGCCGCCGCUGGUGCGGGAGGCCGCCGCUGCGGGCGCCGCCAACCCGUUCGCUCCGCUGCCUUCGGGUCACGACAACAGCCUGGGGGUGGUGUUGGCGCAGGAGAUGGAGCGCGCCAACACGCUGCGGGGGGUGCUGAGCAAGAGCCUGGAUGAGCUGCUGCGGGCGCUGCGGGGGCUGGCGGUGAUGAGCGCGGAGCUGGAGGGCAUGGCCACCGCGCUCCUCAACAACCACGUCCCCCGCGCCUGGCGCCGCGCCUCCUACCCCUCCACCAAGCCGCUCGCCAGCUGGGUUCGCGACUUCCGACAGCGGGUGGACGCGCUGCAGACCUGGCUCACCCGGGGCCAGCCGCCCGCCUUCUGGCUGCCCGGCCUGUUCUUCCCGCAGGGCUUCAUUACGGCCGUACUGCAAAACCACGCGCGCCGUACACGCGUGCCCAUCGACCGCCUCACACUUGAUUUCCGGGUGCUCGCUCCGAGUGAGGAUCAAGCGCUGAUGGAGAGGGU